GGCUGUCAGUACUCUGAGGAACAGUUGAAACAAGAUCGCGGUUGAAACUUCCUCGAAAUCGCGCGCUGCCGCGCGUUACUGCCGCCAUAUUAGAUUUUAGUACUGCGCGUUAGACAUGAAGGCAGUGCAAAGCGUGUGCAAAACCGUGGAAUACGUGUCCUUAACAUAGGAGUGUCCAAUCCCUGAUAUAAAACCAGAUGGUCGUAGUCAAUCGUAGUAUUUCGCGAUGCUGGACGGUGUGAAGCACGUUAUACUUGUGCUCUCGGGCAAAGGCGGCGUGGGAAAAUCAACUGUCAGCACUCAAUUAGCUUUGACGUUAAAGGAGUCUGGCUUUAAAGUCGGACUGCUUGACGUCGAUCUUUGCGGGCCAAGCGUUCCCUACUUGUUGAAUUUGGAAGACAAAGAUGUCCACCAGUCUUCUGAAGGCUGGGUACCGGUCUUUGCCGAUUCCGAACAGAGAUUGUCUGUUAUGUCCAUUGGUUUUCUUUUAAAAAACCGAAAUGACGGUGUAGUAUGGCGGGGUCCGAAGAAGACUGGCAUGAUCAAACAAUUCCUGAAUGAUGUUGUUUGGCAGGACAUUGAUUAUCUUAUUAUUGAUACACCACCUGGUACCUCUGACGAACAUAUUACUGUUAUGGAGAAUCUACGUAACGUCAAGUGUGAUGGUGCAAUAAUUGUAACAACACCUCAGGCAGUGGCUGUUGAUGAUGUUCUUCGAGAAGUAACGUUUUGCCGAAAAACAGGAAUUCCAAUAAUCGGCAUUGUCGAGAACAUGAGUGGAUUUGUCUGUCCAUCAUGCACUGAAUGCACAAACAUAUUCUCAUCGGGUGGUGGAAUAGCUCUGUCGGAGAUGGUAAAGGUUCCAUUUCUGGCAAAGAUACCAAUCGAUCCAGCUGUAGGAAAAUUAGGUGACAAAGGUCAGAGCGUUGUCGCGCUAAUUCCAGACAGUCAAGUGGCCCAAGUUUUUCGAAAACUGGUAGAGGAAGUGACUAAGAGCAAGGAAGCAUAAGCCCUUUCAAGUCAACGAUAUGUUUUCGAAAAUGAUAUGGUGAAAGUUUUGGUGAUUCGUUUGGGAAACGAGUACGUGAGUGAAAAAAAAACGGUUAAUUUUUAAUUACAACGGUUGCACAGUAGACGUGUGAAGUUGAUUUGUAUUUUUACUCAAGAGAUAUCACGAUGUAUAGUUUUUCGUAACGCUAGGUUUAACGACGAAGACAAGUUAUGUUUUUAUAUUGCGAUGUAUAGAUAUAAACAUAAAGUUAAUAAAUAUUUCCCAAAAGUCUGGGCAUAAAUGA